AUGACGUACCCCAACCCGGGGGUCCUGAAGGCAGCCAUGGGACAUUACUUGACAGAAAGUGCCCGGACAGCACUCGAAGCUAUGGAACCGGAAGAGGAUGUUAUAGAACUGGGUCCUGGGAAACAGAUGCCAGCUGUGGGACCCAACCAAAUCCUGGACAUGCCACUUUUCACCAAGAUCCCAUUCCUGCCUGGCUCCAAUACCAUGUUCUACACAACGAACUUGGGUGAAAAGCUUUACCAGCCAUCAGCUACUUUUGAUCUGAGUGAUCCGUAUUGUAAGAUCAUGGCCCCCAAAUACAAAAGUCUUCAUGACCCACACCUACGUGCUUACUACAAGCGUAAAGACAAUCUGCGGAGACUGAAAAAGUCUGGCCAGAUCACUGACAAAAACAAAGUUGUGUGCAGCCUGAAGGAAUUUAAUGAGUACCGACAGUAUUUGACCUCCCUCAAGCUGGAGUUUGAAAAACACUACAUGAGAGAACAAAAAAUGCUGGAGAAACAAGUCACCAAGCUGCAAGACUCUCAUGUUCUUCCAGAGGCUGCAGAAACCUCAAAAUACCGAGAUUGGCUAUUGAAAGAAGAAAGACCUACCAUACAGGAGCAAGAGAAUGUAAUGAGGAACAGGUAUUUAGAGCUGAUUAACCAAGAACUGGAAAAACUCGAGCAGCUUGCUGAAGAGAACCGCCUCCUCGCCUUGGCUCAAGAUGACAAAAAGAAGCAGGGGCUUGAGAAAAGAAAGCAGCUUCUGCUUCGUAAGAAAAUGGAAGAGGAAUGGAGAAAAAAAGAAAUGACACUUUUAAUGAAAAUUGGUGAUGAUGUUAAACGAGAAGCAAGGAUUGAAGAACAGCGGCGGAAGAACAAGGAAGAUAAGCUGAAAAGGAAACAAGUCGUGCUGGAGAAGAAAAUGGCACACCACCUGAUGAAACUGCAAGACCGAUUCCAAAAAGAAGGGCUAUUGCCCCCUUUCUUCGUUACAACUGCCCUUGAAAACCAGAGCCUGUCACAUGAAAAAGAAGGAUCCUUCUCCAAGAAAAGUUCAGAAGAUGUUAGUGACGCCAUGGAGUUGGAGAAGAUAUCGUUUAGUCUCCCUGAUAAAGAAACAGAAUUUUCAAAAGAGGACAUGACGGAGCCCAUGAGCCUGGUAUCACUUUCCAAAGGAAAAAGUGAUGUAAAAUCUAUCCUUCUGGCCAGCUCUGAACUGAACUCAAGCAAGUUUGCCACUUCUGCAGAGGUGUCAGCAAUGAUGGUGCAGCAUCAGUCUGUGGCUCAGCUGGUUGCGGAAGCAAGAUUUCCUGUUCUGGAUCAGCUGGCUGUGGAAGCAAGACUUCCUGUUGCAGAUCAGCUGGCUGUGGAAGCAAGACUUCCUGUUGCAGAUCAGCUGGCUGUGGAAGCAAGACUUCCUGUUCUGGAUCAGUCAGUUGCAGAAGCAAAAUUUCCUGUUCUGGAUCAGCUGGCUGCGGAAGCAAGACUUCCUGUUGCGGAUCAGCCGGUUGCGGAAGCAAGACUUCCUGCUGUGGAUCAGCUGGAUCUGGGUGUGGGAGCAAGACUUCCUGUUGCGGAUCAGCUGGGUGUGGGAGCAAGACUUGCUGCUGCGGUUCUGGCUGUGGACCAGGAGGAAGUUCCAGUAACAGUGGCAAGACCGCAUGCUGUGGAUCAGCUGGGUGUGGGAGCAGUAAUGGAAAAGCAGGUGGUGGUUAUGAUUCAAGUGGCAGCAGCAAACAUGGAACAAGCAGUAGCACCAACAAGCUCCCUUUCUCAUCUUCAAGUGGUGUCUUCUUCGGAACUCAAUAGCAUCAUUCAGAAUAUCAUGACCUGGGUGGUGUCAGCAGUCACCAGUAUCCUCUACCCAGCUCUCACCAAAUUUGAAGAGAGGGUCAGGACACGGGUAUACACAAUCUCUGAGGAGUCUGUGGUAUCUUCAGAGAACUCCAGCAGCUGUACCAGUUGCAAUGAAGACCUUUAUGAAGGCUAUGGGGGCCCCCCAACUUUUGCCACCAGGAAAGUCAGCUUUACUAACACAAGUAUAAAACCUACUACCAGCUCUCCAAGUGAAUUUCAUUCUACUAGUGGGAAACCAGUGUCUACUUCUUUGCUCUCCUCUAAGUCUUCCUUUACCUCUUUUACCAAGAGCACCCACAUGUCUCUAGACAGUGACGUUUUUAAGGGAAAAUUUAAGCGAGGAAAAACAGCUGUGUAUUUCUCUCCAUCUAAACACAAUGGGCUUCUGUCUACUACACCAAGCAUGAGGAGUUCCAAAUCAGACAGCCAUAUCUCCCAGAUGCAAAAAAGUUCCACAGAUGAUCCAGAAAAUGUUAGUACUUCAUACCACUGCAAACAGAAGUACAAAGUGCCAAAAGAGCUCAUUUCUAAAACUGAAACUACUACAACCACUGACACAGAACAAUUGCCUUUGGCUGGAGGGGAACAUAGGCCAUCAAAUUGCUCUACUCACCAAAAAGAGACCUUUGAUGUGAAGGACCUUAAGAGUAUUUUCUGUGAACUGAAGCUGCCUCUCGCCAAAGUUACUGCAAUGAUUCUUGAUGAUAUUUUCAAAAAAAUAUUAGGUGACCUGGGCUGUACAGCUUGUUCUGUCUCUAUUUCAAUGGAAGUCCUUCUUGAAUCUAUCUCAGAUAGCCUAUUAGGCAGCCAUUCUGCAGAGCCACCGGUUGCUGGUUCAAUUUCAAGGGUGGCCAGUUUUGCUGCCAAUGAUAUUGUUGAAAAUGUGCUCAGUAAACUCCACUCCACUGCUCAGAAGAAAUAUUUUGAAACUAUCUCCAGGGAUGACUUCUCCACAGAAUGGAAAGCAAUGUGCAUUGCAGCUACUGAGAAACGUGCUGUUCCUGAUCCAACCUUUUGGAGAGCUCAGAUGCCCCUGUCCUUUGAGUCUGUGUUUGGCAUUGCUGAGGAGAUUGUCCAGAUUAUUAUUGAUAAACUGAAGGUCUUUGCUCUGUCAAGCCAAACAAAAGUGUCCCAGUUUGAACUCUUUUCUAAAAUCAAAGCAAUUGGCAUACCUCUUGAACAACUUUAUGCAGCAAUUCCACCACAUACAGUAGAAUCUGAAGCCGCAAAUGCAAUUGUAAAAGACACAAUUCGUAAGAUAGUAUCCAAAACAGUUGCUUCUUCAGAGACAAAUAUCCUUCAGUAUGUGGAAGAGAUGAUUGGCAGCAUCCUAAGCUACAUCCAGCAUCAGAUGAGCUCAGAUGGAAAUAUUCCAAGAAGAGAGAGCUCAAUUGUCAUCCAGCUCAUUAAUGAUGUAUUCAACGAUCUAAGCACAGAAAAACUGAGUCUUUCUCCAUCAGCAAGAUCUAGCUCUUGUCCCAAAAUGCGAAGACAGUCUCCUAGCCGUGAUAUUUCUACAGCUCCUGAGACACCAGCAACAGCAAUGACCAUGACAACACUCUUUACAGCUGAGAAAAAUACAAGAAAACCAUUUCCUCCCAUUAAUGUUCCUGGCAUGGUAAUUUACUCUGAAGCUGAACUGGAAGAAAAAGAGAAAAGGAAUCAGGAUGGAAGAUUAAGAGUCAACAAGGAACAGAAAAUCACAUAUGAUGGUUUUGGCCUUGAAUCACGACAAAGAAGCAGGUCUCGCCCCAAAUCUGCUUUUCAGGAUGAUGGGGAAUUUCUGGACAAAGAUGUGGAUGUUCAAUUAACACAUUUAGAGAAGACGGAAAGUAGUUUGGACAAUCUUGUGCAAGAUGCCAUUUUUUGUUCUAUUGAAGGUCAGCAAACCACUACAUUUCCCACUGACCCAGAGCUGAAGACAAAACAACAGACAAUAGCUCAUGAAUGGACAAUAGAGCAGGCCUUGAAAAAAAUGGAAGCAGACUUUAAAGGGGAAGAACAAUUGCCAAUCAUUGAAACAGUGCAGAAUCUUUUAAAGGAAACAUUCCAGCAUGUUUGGGCAGAGCAAACAAUCUGCCCCCCCACUACUCCUCCUCCAUCUCUUGCCCAUAUGAGCAUCAGCAGGCAACAGGCAGAGGAGCAACCAACCUCCAAAGGGCAAAGUGAAUUCACUGGUCAGAUUCUAAUCUCUGAUAUGGAAGUGCAUGGUUUUGCAGGUGAUCUGGUAAAAACUGUGUUCCAGUUUCUUUCCCAUGCUGCCCAAAAUGACUUGCAGGGCAUCAGGAACAGGCCCUCUAGCCUCAUUUUCACUGAUAUUCUUCCUCUAAAUGUGCCCACAGAAGCUGGCAAAGGCCUACCAACAGUGCAUUUCAGAGUCCCCGAGAAGUCCUUUGAUUCAGGAUUCCCACAAGAAGAAAUGCAGAGUAGUACAAAACCUAUAUAUGAUCCAAAGCACAUUAGUCAGACUGAACAUCCAUCUAAGUCAGAUCUUGCUAAUGAUUUGGUGCAAACUUUUAUAGCAAAACUAGAAUCCUUUGUCAUAUCCAAAGUGGAAUCCCAGUUAUGUUUGGAUGUGCAAAACUUAAAGAUGUCAAUUAGUUCAGAUUUUUCCUCUGCCUUACAGGAAGAAUUCAAAAGAAUCCUAGCCAAUCAACAUGAUAGUUUGCCUAACUGUUUAGAGGAUAUUUUUAACUCUUACAAUAACUCUAUUUUAGCUGCAAAAGAAAAACCAGAACAGGCAGUAUCAUUAUCUUACUCAAAUUUAAAAUCAUAUGCCAGUGAUGUGGCUAGGAUGAUUCUGAAAAAUAUAAAGCAUGGGCUGGAUAAGGAAGUGGAUAAAAUUUCAACUCCUCCUGUUAUAUUCUCUGAAAGCAUAGCCGCUACCCAAAUUAUCAGCAUGGUUUUGACUAUUUUUGCUCCUCAUGAACAUCGCUCUGAAGCACAGACCCCUUUAUCACGGAAAGAAAGUGUAUUGGAAAAAGUUUUCAGGAAAAACCCUACCUAUAAAAGAGAUCUUCAGAGCCAAAUCCAAAACACAGUGGAAACCUUUUUAAGUGAAAUCUAUCAGACCAUAAUGUUAGAUAUGGAUGGUUCUGGGAUGGGGCAAUUACAGGUUCCUAAGACUGCAGAUGACAGCACUAAAAAAGCACUGCCCACACCUGCUGUGGUGAAGUCGGAUGCUUCGCUGGUUUCCAAUGACUUGGUGGAUAUUGUGUUUGAAGACCUGAGUUCUGGUCUUGCAGCUGCUCUGAAUAUGAAGGGGGCACUUUCAUCUCGACUCCAGUCUCUCCUCUAUGAUUUUGUUCAGAAGACAGUAGAGCCUCUGACACAAUUGACAGAACGGAGAUCCAAGGCUGGACAUAAGAGUCGUUUUCCAGAUCUCAAAAAAAGUAAGCAUCAAGCCCCUGGCCUAUCCAAAGCUGAAAACGCUUCUGGCAGAAAAAUGGGUGAAUUUACUGCUAAGCAGCUUCCAGAUAUAAAAGACUUUUCUCCUGAAGGCAUAGCAAAAUAUUUAGUUGAUAAUGUCUUCCUCAGACUGGAAACCUUUGUUGAAGAUAAACUGGAGUCUGAACUGGGAAUGGCUGCUAAGCAAGAAAAGCAAUCACUGUUUGAAAGUGGAUAUGCAACAUCAAGUGCGCAAAGAGCCACAGAAGUCAAGGCAGGCAACUGCCAUGAUAAAGCAAAAUUAGCAGUUCAGGACUCUCAAUAUAAUUUAAGGCUCUGUGCUGAAAAACUGACUUGCACCAUUCUUAAAGUAAUUCAGAAGGACCUGGAACGGGAGAUGCUCUCUUGUCAAAAUCUCCUCCCCUAUGAAGAAAAUGCUUCUGCCAAUGAAAUUAUGAAUGAUCUCCUCAAGAUCAUAGCUGUCCAGAUAGCCUUAACAGAAAAUGAGAUUCAAAAAAGGGUCUUGAAAAGGAUUUUUAAGAAACAACAGCCUGGACAGCAUGGAAGUUUACCAUUGUUGGCAAGAGUGGAAGAUGUCCUCAACCAAGUUACCCAACGAAUAGUGGAAGACCUAGGGCAUUUGCCUUCUUUUAAUAAUGAUUCCAUAUUUCUUAGUUCUGAAUCCAAGUCUUCAGCCUAUAAUGGAAUGAUGGACACUGUAUCUCAGGUAAAUGCUGGUAAUGUAGCUGGUGAGAUUGUGGAUGGCAUACUUAAUAAGAUGUAUUCAGUUGUUGUGGACACGCUCUUUACCUCUGGUGUGUCAAAGUUAGAAACAAAUAAUUCAAGCAGCAACAAAGAUUCAUCAAACAUCCAAAAGAUUACUCUGGCAGUAUCUCAACUCCAACCCUCUCCACAGUCCUUGAGUGAAGAACUGGUUCAAAGUGUUUUGAAUAAAAUUUCCUGUUUUGCUGCAUCUAAUUUGGAAGAGGUCCUUCCAUUGUCUGUGCAACAGAGAUGGAAAUAUGACAUGCAAGCUGGCAGUAACACAAUAAAUAAGCCAAGUGCAAUCUCAGAUGAUUCGGAAAGCUCACUUCUGAGAGAGACUUUGUCAAAAUCUGACUUGACAGUAUAUGCUAAAGACGUAGUAAGCAAAGUUUUGGGAACUAUUAUUGAUGAAUUCAAAACAGAAGAUUAUCACAGAACUGUACAUCGAGUCAAUACCUUGUCAUCAGAACAGAUCUCUAAAGCAAGUGACCUCAUUCAUUCUGUUGUGCAAGAUCUAAACACUGAUGAUGUGCAGAUUACUCAUAUGCAUAAACACACUUCUUUGAAACGUUCCCAAACUGAUGGACUUCCUUCUACCCAGAUGUUCUUCCAGUUUGAGAUGACAACAAAAGAUAUCCAUGGAAAGCCUAAAGGUCUUUUUUAUGAAGAUUAUGCAUGUUUCCUCAAUCAAGUUCUUCCAAAGGAAGGCAUAUUAAGAGAAAUAUUUGAACAACAACCAUUGACAGAUGCAAACAUAAAUGAAACUCUUAAAAUGCUGCAAGUGGCAGAGAAUAUUGUAAGUGAGGUUUACAUGAGAACCCGAGAUCUAGAACCUUCUGUUUGCAUUUUGAAGAAGACUCCAGGUGAGCUUAAUGAGAGGCUAUUCUGCUAUGGCUUUAAAAGUGUUGACGGCCCUAGGCUUUUUCACAGCGACUCUCAGACAGAGGUUGGCUCUGUUGCCAGAGACAUUGUGGCAAGCGUAUUUGAAAAUGUGUAUAGAUGUUUAUUAUGCAGUGUUCCUGCUUCUCCAGAGAAAUACAGCUUUCUGGGAAGAAAAGACCAGACAGUACCCAAAGGAUCUGCAAAAAUUCCAAAACAUCGAUUCACUCAAUCUGAAUUUCCUUUUUAUAAUGUUUCACUGAAAAGUGCUAUGGACACAAUUGACAAAAUAGCCAAAGAAACAGUUGAAUGUAUUGUCCUUACACUGGAGACCUUUGUGGCUCGACAUUUUAAACGGGACUUUAAAUGUAAUUUUUUGGAAAUAGUGAAAUUCCCAUUAGAAAGCCUUUGUUUUGCACAACUGACACGAUCCUUAGAUUCACUUUCAACUCAUGUAGCAAAUGUAGCAGAAACAACAGUAGAAGCAUUCCGAAACAAGCUGCAGGGAGACACUGGGAAAGGAACAUUGCCUACUUUAGGAUCAACCCAUAACUUUCUGGACUUUACCAAGUUGGGUGGUGCUGUCACCAGGGAGUGCAUUGAAACUGCAAUCCAACAGGUGCAGAUGCUCCAUUCUGAACUGAAUGUGUAUGCCAACAAUGCCGUCAGCAGCAUCCUUGAAAUUAUUAAGCACACUUUGGACAGAGAGCUAACACACAAGGAAGUCAAUCUAUUUAGCAGCUCUUCUGAAAGCUUGGUGCUAAGUGAGACUAUCAGUGUCAUGUUGGAUCGCUGCAAUGAAAGCCUUACUGAGAUCACCUCUGAAUUAAUGGUGGAGAACCUCCAGCUAGAAAUGUCAGGCCGAGCAUUUGCAAAGGACAGGGCUCUUGCCCAGAAUCAGUUUAAAUCACCAAGAGUGAAAACAAUUUCUAAAAUGUACAGAAGGGUAGAUAUGAGGGAUAGUUUCCCCCCAAUCAAUGUUCCUGGCAUGGUAAUCUACUCAGAGGAGGAGAGUGAAGUACAAGAAGAAGUCCCAUCAAAAUUUCCUUCUGUCUUUAAAUACUCUGAGUGGGAUGCUCAUGUUGCACCAGAGAGACAGAAAUGCAGAUCAAGACCUCCCAGAAGACGAAGACAGGAUAGAGGUCAAUUCAAGCUAGAUUUUCUUGAGGAAGACUGGCUUCCCCGGCAAAGCUCUAUUCCUGAGGGAAGCAUUUUGGAAAAGCUCUUUAAGAAAACAGCAGACUUUGAAGCUACUCCUAGGCAAACUGGAAUGGGGCAUCAGAAAAAGGCCAGCCUUCUUCCUCAUCAUGAGUCCUUUGCAAGAAAAUGUCCUUAUGCAAUUCCAGAAAGCACCUGCUAUUCUGCCUUCUGUCCUCUAAAGCUUGGCCAUACAGCUGAAACCAUUGUCAACACUCUCCUGUAUGAGUUUGGAGUAGAAAAUGAGCCUAUGGUGCAAAGCAGCUGCUGUGAGAAAUUCAGACAUCUUUCUCCACUGAAGGAAAAAUCUCAUCUGAGAUCUUCAGCCUCCUUAGUAUUUGCAGAACCAAAGCAAAAGAGGCAAAGCUUACUCAAUCGCUGGAAGAUCAGGUUGAGUGAUUCCAGUGAGAAGACAAUGACAGAGGAAAGCUACCUCAUGCUGGACAGUAGCAGCCUACUCUCAAAAUGGGAGAGCAAACAGCAUAUCUUCAAGUGCAAGAGUCCAGAGAGACAUAAAGACCUCGAACUUCUGGCUUGUGCUCAUGUCCCAGAUCCCUGUGAGAUUCACCUGCUAGCCAACCACAUUGUUUUGAAUGUCAUCAAGGAACUGAUUAUCUUCCAGUCCAGAGAUGCUUGCUGUCCUGAACAUGGGCUGAGAGGCCCUAAUACCCCUCCUAUGAACAUAGAAGAGUUAGCAUUCCACAUUUCUGAGGUUAUCAUCAAUAGCCUGUGUGAACGAAACAUUUUGCAAGAGAGUAUCAGCAGAAAAGGUUUUCAGACAAGGAGAUCAAGAAAGAUUUUUGUCCCACCUCUCUGUUUGGCUGACUUUGAUGAUGUUUAUCAUCCUCUUGUGAAGGAGGUUAGCAACUUGUUGUCAUUGGAAAUUGAAAUGAGAAGCAGAUAUGCAAGCCAAGGGAAAAUUGGAGAUAGUUUGUCUCAACGGCAUUUGAUUUCUUCACCUCGCUUCAGUAGGGCUUCUAGGGGUGAUUGUAGAGGCCCCAGUGAUGUCAAAAGGACAUCCUGUCUCUCCACAAUGGGUCAAAUAGGCCUCAAAAACAGGAGACUAAACAACGUUGCUUCUAAUCUGGAUAGUUUCAUCCGUAGCCUGAAAACUAGUGAGUCAAAAAAUAUUGUCAACAAAGUUCUGAACAUCAUUUUAGAUUCGUUAUGGCCUGAUCAGUCACAGAAUGAUUUUGGCAUGUCCUUCCCAGAUGCCCGAUCUCAAAAUAUGAUGCCUUAUCAAAAUGCAAAUAGAUCAACUAAAAAACAGCUACUUUAUUCCUCGAUGUGUCCACAUGCUUAUAAACUUAGUAAUGACGUACUUAACAGCAACUUGGGUCUGUCUCCCAAAUCUGUUGUCCUCUUGGACGUUGUGAGUGAAAAGCUGAUCCGGGCACUUUUGGACAAAUGCCUCUUGACAGAUCAUUUUACAGGCACCUUUGCUUUUGAUGAGUUUCCAGAAAAUGAACAGCUUCGUGAUGUGAGGAAGUGUGUUUGUGAUGAUGAAGUCUUGCCGUAUUCGCAUAAAGAGAUGAAAGCCCAUGAGGCUGACUCCAGCACCUCCCUUUUCACAUAUGACAUUAAGUACACAGAGGAGCCAUGGGUAGAGGCUCAGUCAGGGGUGUCUUCCUGUGAAUCAGCCCUUGAUGUUUUGGCUCACACUCUGGUGAAACCCGUAAUGACAGAGCUUUCCUUCAGCAUUGAGCAUCCAGGACAAAUGAAAACUUACUCAAAAAAGACUGUUGAAUUCACAAAGCCAGCAUCUAGAAAAGGACAUGCCCAAGCAUUUAAUAAAAAGCAUGCCCACUAUGGUAAAAGUGAAAUGUAUUCCUCAUCACGAGGUAGAAGAUCAGAAUCUAGAGGGUCUCCUCCAGGAAGGCGUCAAAUGCGAAAAAGCCCCCGAGAGAGGAACAGGUCCAUUCUGGAAGCAGCAGUCCAGCACAGACCAGCUGCACCCACCGGCAGACCAGCUGCAAAAAAACCUUUGUCUACAAGCUGCAAAAAGAAGUCCUACAAAAGAGAAGUGGUGACAGUGACAGACCAUGGAGAUCACCAUCAACUCCAGCCAGUUUUUUCUGCCAUUUACUCUACACAGUUUCUGGAGGACAUUGUUUCUCAGCUCUUGAUCAAGAUCUUUUCUUCACUGCAGAACAAAUAUGAUCAAGAUUCUUGUAUCAACCUUCAUGAGAUGAACACGUUGUUUGUGAAUGCACUGAUGGAAGAAUUUAAGAAAGCUGGUGUUGGAGUCUUGCAGAGAGCUGAGGAGAAAGCGUACUUCCCACUGGUGGAUAGUCAAACUGUCAGCAAAAUAGCUGACUCCAUUUUAAGAGAGUUUGGAUUCCAGUUAGCUGCUGAGGGAGACAUGGGGAGGGACAUAGAUAUUCUGGCUGAGAGGGCAGCUGAAAUUAUCCUGACAGAAAUUUUGGAUUACCAGUUGCCACCAGUAGCGUACAGGAGGCUACCUCAGAGUGCUUUCAGAUAUGUUAAACCUGGACCCAUCAUCCAGAAAAUUGAGCGCUGUGUCUGUUUUCCUAAAGUAAAAAGGAGUAGGCCACCUCCUCCAGCAUACAUUACCGUAUUGUCUCAGAAAUAUUUAGAAAGAGUAAUAAAUCGACUCCUGACUCAGCUUUUUCCACCAACAGAGGGCACCACCUGCAACCAAGACAAAAGAGAGAUGUCAGAAGUUGACUUUGAUGAGCUCUGUUCCUAUAUAAUCAAACAUGUAAUGAGGUCCAUUUCAAAACACAAAAUCUGGGUAGCAAAAAAGGAUGAUCGAUGCUGUUUACAUUCAGAGAAAGAGAUUCAGAACAUGGUUGAUUCAGUCUAUAGAAAUAUGUUAAAAAUGUCUGGCUCACAGUUCUCUAUACAGAAGGAUGUGGAAUGCAGGAAUACUGAUUUUGUUGACUGCAUGACCAGCUUCAUAAUUCAGGAAGUCACUAACCAUCAUCUUCAGACUUUUCUCUCCAAAGAUGAAGACCCUUUGAGAAAUCCUGACCCUGAAGCCUUGUCUGAGAAUAUAGUCAGGACAGUUUUGGAUAGCAUCAGUGAGCCUUCAAUGUCUUGUACUGAAGUUUUCCCAGCUAAGUUUUUAGAAGAAAUUGUUUCCAGAGUUUUAUCUAAAAUCUUUUGUGUUUCUGGGGACAAAAAGAAAAUGACUAGAGGAAAGCCUGAAAUUGAAUUUGGUAAAGUGGCUAAAAAGAUGGCCAGUUCAAUCAGUUUGCAGUUUGGCAGAGCUUCAGUUACUGGGGUGCAAAAAGGAGAGGAACAAAGUCUUGGAGCCUCACUCUCAGAUGUCAUGGAUGAUGUCAUAGACUCUGUAUACAACAAUAUAGUGAGAGAAAGACAGAGGACUUCAGGAGGUGAUUUCAGCCACCUAAGAAAGAAUGUCAUUUAUGAAAACGUUAAAAGAUUGAUUGAAAAAGGCAUCUCUGAUCAUCUUCUACAUCCCUUAUUUUCUGGAGAUUUGUCCAGGCCUUUACCUGUACUUCAAGAGGAGGUUAGUGAGGAGGUUAGUGAUGCUGUUAGAGACAAGGGGUUCCAUGAGGAUGAUAGUUGGUCACCAUUUAGCACCUUAUUAUCAUCAGGGUUCCUAAAAGAUCUAAUUACUGGUCUACUCAACAGAAUUUUCCCUUCCACGCCAUCCAGAGAUACAUCACCUUGGAAUAAAAAGCUCUUGUCAGAAUCAGACUUAAACAAGCUCUCCAAUCAGUUGCUCUAUGAUGUUCGGAUGAAGCUUUUAAAACAUGAAAUCAGAGUUACAAAGGACACACACCCUGAACACUAUGAAUAUUCUGAAGAAGAUGUUCAGAACAUGACAGAUUCUUUGUGCAGCAAGAUCAUACAGAAAUCAGGCUCCCUUGAAGCUGUACAGAGAGAUGUGAAAAAUAAGAGCAAUAUUCUUAUUGAUCGAAUAGCUGGCUUUCUUGUUGGAGACAUUCUCCAACAGCAUGUUCAACCUUUUGUAUCCAGACAGGAGACUUCUGGUUGGGAUAGAGCUGCUGCAGGAGACUCUAUGGGAGGCUUAGAAAUAUAUAGAACUGCUAUCAAGCCCUUGGACCUCAGGGAAGCAAUUGAGGGAAAACAGAAAAGUUCACCUCCUUCUUUCCUAGGAGAUAUUAUUUCUGAAUUGCUUUCAAAAAUCUCUGAUACAUUAUCAGAUAUCUCUGCUAGUGCCUCUAGGGAAGAAGUGGAAGAUGCAGCUGUGAGGUUGGCAAAAUCAGUUACAAAAGAGCUCGCAAAAGGUCACUUCAAUGUUCAAGAAGGUCCUGAAGAGCCUCUUGGUUCCCCUCCAGAGGAUACAAAUAUAGUAGACCAGAAUUCACCUUACAAGGAUUCUACACAAAGUUUUCUGUCUAAAAAAGAUCCAGAAGAUGAGAAGGAUGCUUCACCUUGUCAAACAGCCACUAUAAAAUUUGAAGAAGCUGUAGAUCAUCUGCUUCAGUCAGCAUGCCCAUCAAGUGUACUAGAAGCAAAUUGCCUCAUUCAGGAAAAUCUGAUGGUAGAUCAGUAUGGCCCCCAGAUAGAGCCUUCACUAUCACCCUAUAUCACUGUGUUAUCUUACCCAGUGUUAGAAGCUAUCAUUGACAGGUUAUUUUCCCAUAUUUUCCCAUCAUCAUCUAACACUGCUGCAUCCUCAGAUAAGGGCAAAGGUCCAUUUGGAUUUGAAUCGCAAGACAUAAUUGCCCAGGUUAAGAUGGACAUCAUGGUCAUAAUUUUGAAACAGGCCAUCUGGACCAGCACUUACGGCAAUGAAAAAGAAACUGGUAUUUCAGAAGAAGCAAUAGAGAACAUGGUGGAAUCUGUGUAUUGUGAUGUUCUGCAUGAGGUUCUGCUGCAGCAGCCUUUCCCAGAAGACAGAGAAAUAUUAAGGAAUUUGUAUGUCACUCAGAUAGCUUGUUUCAUUAUUCAUGAAAUGUUUAAACAUCAUCUUCAGUCUUUAACAUCAGAAGACCCACCAUCUUACAUAAACCAUGGUGUUAGGAAUAUUCCAGACUCGGGAGUGACUGUCUUUCCUUGCAGAGUCUUAGAAAAUAUGCUUAACCAGCUCCUGGAGAAAAUAUUCUCCAAUCCAGAGAGCUUUGCUGCAUAUAUUGGAAAACUUGAUGAUGACUUUUCUGAAACAGAUUUCACUGAGAUGGCUGCAAACCUGAAAGACUAUAUUGUUACAGAGAUUACAGCACAUGAAGUCAGGCUGGAAAAUGUCUCAGAACGAAUCCCAGACAUGGAUCAAGAGACGGAAGAAGACAUUGCUACUUCAGUUUAUAAUCAGAUUUUGCAAAAGUAUCAAUCCCAAGAUGAACUUCAGAAUACUCUCAUAGCCCAAGGGAAUGGCACUGUGCGUGAAAUUGCCCAAUUACUCAUAAGAGAAAUCUUAAACUUCCACCUCCACCCAUUUUUAAGUACCAAUGAUUCCUCUUCUGAGUACUCAAAAUGGCAGAAAGAAAGGCAACAAUUUUCUCAACGCAUCUAUUCUGCCCUGUUUUUAGAAGAUGUGGUUGUUGCUUUCUUUUGCAAAAUCUUAUCUUCCCCUAAUAUUUUGGCAUAUUCUAAGGACAUUCAUUUAUCAGAGGAUGAGAUGAGAAAUAUAGUGAUUGAACUUGUAAAUGCUUUGGUAAAUGAGUUUAAAAUGUCAGAAAUUAAGGUUAUUCAGGGUGCAGAGGAAGAUGUGUGCCUUCCACAGAUAGGUGCUGAAAAAGUGAUUGAAAUAAGUAAUUCUAUUUAUGAAAAAUUACUGCAACAAUUUGGGACAGAGUUUGAGAUUUUUAAGGCUUUUCAAAAAAACAUUUGCAUGUUAGCAGAAAAACUGGCUCCCAUAAUAAUAAGAGAUAUCUCUGGUUACCAAUUGUUGCCCAUGUUUACUGGUGAUACUUCUUCAUAUUUGUUUUCAUUUCUGGAAGCUGAGACCAUUGUUGACAGAGUUGAAACUCUCCUUCCAGAACCAGCAUCCUCUGGUUCUGUAUUUGGAGAGAUGUUUGUCAAGAUCUUACACCGAAUAUUUCCAUCUUGGCUCCCUGAUAGUACACCAGCUUCUCCCGAUCCAAUAGUGAGUGAAGAAGGGAAGAGAAGUCCCCCUGUAAGCUAUCUGAAGGAAGAACCAAGUUCUGAUGCCGGAAAAAGUAUUCAAAACAUAGUACAAAAUAUUUGUAAAACAGUCUACGUAAAGUCUGGAUCUCCAAACAGAAAACAGGAAAGCACAGCUGAAGAACUAAUGGAAGCAGGAUUUCUCAGUAAAACCAAACAGGGUUAUCAUUCCCCCAGAUCAAAGUCUCCUCUAAGGCAGUCUCACCUUUCUUCAGCUCUUAGUUCAAAAACUGCAGGCUGGACAAUACACCAUGUGAGACUUGGUGAAGGAGAGCCUCAAUUAAUGCAACUUGAAAAUGGAGGUGAUACUUAUUCAGCUUCUUUCUUGAAGGAUAUCUUUAGUGGGCUAAUUAGCAGAUUGCUCACAUCUACAGCCAGUGUGUGUCUGCUAGAGAAACAAGGGGCUGAGGCUGAGCCUUCACUUAAACAUUUAAUUGAAUCCAUCUUAAAGGAGUUUGCAAAGUCCCCAGUAAAAGUCCUACAGUUACCUGAAGGUGGGCAGACUUUCCCAAAUGUGGAAAAAACAGAGAUUGCUAAAAUUAUCCAUGCUGCUUUAUGUAGCAUUUUGCAAGAUCAGAGGUCUGGAGUCCCAAUCUGCAUGGACAAGGAAAAUGGUCACAUGUUAGCAGAAAAACUGGUUAGAGCAAUAAAGAAAGAAAUUUUAGGCUACCAGAUUCAGGAAGUACAAGCAAAGACAUUCCAGGAUCCAGCCUCUAAACCUUUUGAAUUUGGAGAGAUGGCUAAAAAAGUGUUCACAGAGGUGAAGAAAAUCAGUACUCCAUCCCAGAUAGCUACGCCAUGUCCAUUUCUAGUUUCUCAGAGAUUUAUCCAUGAUGUCCUUGCUUUCCUCUUAUCUAAGAUCCUCCCUCUUCCUACAAAAUAUUCUACAUCGAGUGAUACAGAAGAUCAGUGUGCAGAAUUUGAUUUUAUUCACAUGAAACUCCUGAGCAAUGUGAUGGCUGAGAUCUCAAAAAACAAUAAUGCAGAAGUCAAGUAUCUUGACAGGGUGCAGCCAAACCGUGUUGUCAGUCAAACUGUAGCCAACUCAAUCUAUAACAGUCUUUUGCCAGAAUUUGGAAGUACGUCCAUAGUUGAAAAGUGUAUCAGAACCGGCUGUACAAUCCUUCUGGAGAGGAUUGUGGACAUUGUGAUCAAAGAGAUUUCUGGGAAUCAGAUGCAGACAUACUUUACAGAAGAGCUAAACCGACAGCAACAGGCCAUUGAAGCUGAGAAGGCUCUUGAGGAUCAAUAUGGAAUAGGUCCAGAGCCAUCAGAGGGCCAGACUCCCUUACGAUCCCACCUGAAAGGUUUAUCCUCUCUAAUAUUAGAGGAGGUCGCUGUUAAACUUCUCACAAAAAUAUUCAAUUCUCUUCCUCUGGAUGAAGUAGAUACAAAAAGUGUUGCGUCUAUGAAGGAAGUGGCUAGAAAGAUUAUUAACUCAUUGCAAUGUCUCCUCUCAAAUGGUAAACUUAAUGUUUGGCAGCAGGAUGACUCAGAAGACUUAGCCUCUGAAGACAGCCGAACAGUUGGAGAAGUGGUUGACUCUGUUUACUCUGAUAUCCUAAAACACUCCAACUCUGAAACUUCUCUGUAUGAAGACUUAACUAACAGCAAUGAAGACUUUGUUAACAGAGUAGCCUGCUUCAUGGUGAGUGAGAUUUCUAAACGUGACUUUCAGCCGGUCUUUGACUCACGGGCAGAGUUACUCAGCCCCAGUGUGAUAAAGCUGGAAUCUGAAAAAAUUGUCAAAAAAUUUCUUUCUGACAUGGAGGCAGGAAAAGAAAUAAAGAAAUCUUCAGAAACUCAAAUUCCUGUAGUGCCUGUUGCUUUCCUGGAAGAGAUCUUAAGCCGCUUCCUGACAACAAUCCUGUUGGCACAAUAUGAUUUGGGAAUUCACAAGAAAAAAAGCUUGUCUAAAACAAAUGUAAAUGAAAUUGUUGGCCUGCUAAAAACAUCUGUAGAGAAAGAGAUGACAAAGAACAAAAUCAACCUCGUAGCUUCAGAUAAUCAGCCAGUGCUGGAUCCACAGUAUGAAGAGACGGUCAAGCAAGUUGUCCAUUCUGUCGUCAACAAUGUCCUGGAGAAAUCAGGGUCCCAGAAAGAACUAUAUAAUGACAUGACAACCAACCAGGUUAUAUUUCCAGAGCAAGUAGCCAGUAUCAUUAUCAAUGAGAUCUCCAGCUGCAGCCUGGGAAACUCUUUGCAUGAAAACUCAGAUAAUGAAACCUUAAGUGCCCUGGAAUUGGACCGCAUUGUAAGCAAAGUCAUUGCUCAAGUCGGCUCCCAUAUGGAACUGGAGGAAGAAACGUCUCUGUUAGAGCUGUCCGGCCUUUCAGAACUGCGAGACAAAUCCACACCUUCUAUCCUACUUCAGUCAGAAGAAUUGCCAUUGAAGAUUGUCCCUUAUAUUGGCCAUAAGCCCCUGAAAAUUGACCCAGACAUAAUUUCUGAUCAUUUAGCAGUGCUGUCCAUAAAAACAGAACCCCUGGAGAAACUGAAAAAGACAUGUUUAUCAAAGAUGGGUGUGAGCUUAACAGAAUUAAGAAGAGCCUCUGCAUCAGGCAAAAGUCUGUCCAGUGAGCUGGGGGGUCACCCUCUUCCAGAAGCCAACAAAAGGAAGGAAAGGCGUCCAUCCUUGGAUAUGGCUGGGCGCCUUGGGGUGAGACCAAGAGAGCCUGUCUGCAGAAACUCAUUCCAAAGCCUGACAAAGCCAGACAUCACAAGAGUGGAACUCCUAAAGGAUGUGGAGAGCAAGCAAGACCUCAUCAUUCGCCUGGUAGCACAUGACAUUGACAGCCAUAACUACCCUCCAAGGCAGGCUCUUGACGAUACUGACAGUGAUGAGGAGGAACAAGUACUGAAGGAGCACAAAUCUUUUUUCUUUGAGGCUCCAGCUUUUCAUCCACAACAUGAAAGUACCGUAACAUCACAGCACAGCCUACACAAGUCCCUCACAGCAAAGGCAUCCAGCUGGAAAAUGAGCAGGUUGCCAUCUUCAACUUUGUCUAGCACCAGUGGCGGAAGUGGGCUCCCCAGAGAUAAGAAAGAUGACUCUCUUUUUACAUCCCUGCCUCUGGCAAACCAUGUACAUGAGGCUGUCGCCUCUUCCCCUGGUUCUCCUCUCACUGAAACAGGCCAGAGCACCCCCAGUAAGUCCUUGCAGCCUAGUGUACAAUCUGCACAGGCCACCAAGAGUGAUGAAAAAGAUGCAUCAAUUGAAAAAGCUGUUGUUGGCAUGCAUCUUUCCCGGGAUACAGAAGAGACAGCUGCUGUUGAGAUUACCUCUGUCUAUCAUGACAAAAAUAGCCAUGUCCCAGACUCUGUUUCGGAAGCUCAAACAGAAGAAGAGGAUGGAAAAGUCAUUGCAACCACUAGCCCCGGGGGAAGUAUACCGCCCCGCCAACGAUCUUCUGUGUUUGAGAAAGUCUCCACUGCUCUUUCAAGAGUUUUCUCUCGAACCUCAGCCAGCAACCUGACCCAAUCAGCAUCAGGUCAAGAGAAACCCCCAGGGGAUUAGGCCCCCAAUAAAAAUGCUUCUUUAUAUAGUUGAAAGAAUAAAUAUUUUCAUCAGAAA